GGGGCUCUCAGCCGGCAGACCCCCUGACCCGUAAGGAGUGAUAGGGUCUAACCGCCUGAGCUCGGAGUCCACCGAUUGAUCAGGGCCAGGGCGGCAAACGUGCGGCGGCUAGUGACGUGAGCGACCUCCCUCCUCCUCCCGCCUCUCUCCGGGGUGGCGCCGUCUGGUGACGUUAGGGGCAUGAUGGCCGCCGCGAGGCCGGGAAGGUGAAGUUGGAAUUGGUGGAGUCAACACAAUCAGUAGCCAACCUCAACCUGAGACAGGACAGAGGAGAAUUCAGAUUCUUUUCGUCUUUUUGACUCCAGCCAUGCCCAUGAUGCCCAGCCUGUGAAGGUCUCUUGCCAUCCAAAAACUUCUCCUCUGUUCCAGUUGUGCCAGCAGACGAUCCGUGGACCUAUUUUAUUUUCCCUGCUAGGAGUUGCUGUGCAUAAAACUGGCGCGAUGUCCCUGCUUUUCUCUCGGUGCAACUCCAUUGUUACAGUCAAGAAGGACAAGAGACACAUGGCUGAGGUGAAUGCUUCCCCACUCAAGCACUUUGUCACUGCCAAGAAGAAGAUCAAUGGCAUUUUUGAGCAACUGGGGGCCUACAUCCAAGAGAGCGCCACCUUCCUUGAAGACACCUACAGGAAUGCGGAACUGGACCCCGUUACGACAGAAGAACAGGUCGUGGACGUCAAAGGCUACCUGUCCAAAGUGAGGGGCAUCAGUGAGGUGUUGGCCCGGCGGCACAUGAAAGUGGCUUUUUUCGGCCGGACGAGCAACGGGAAGAGCACCGUGAUCAAUGCCAUGCUCUGGGACAAAGUUCUGCCCUCAGGGAUCGGCCACACCACCAACUGCUUCCUGCGGGUAGAGGGCACAGACGGUCACGAGGCCUUCCUCCUCACAGAGGGCUCGGAGGAGAAGAGGAGCGUCAAGACUGUGAACCAGCUGGCCCAUGCCCUUCACCAGGACGAGCAGCUCCAUGCUGGCAGCCUAGUGAGUGUGAUGUGGCCCAACUCCAAGUGCCCACUUCUGAAGGAUGACCUCGUGCUGAUGGACAGCCCUGGCAUCGACGUCACCACAGAGCUGGACAGCUGGAUUGACAAGUUUUGCUUGGACGCCGACGUGUUUGUGUUGGUGGCCAACUCAGAGUCCACCCUGAUGCAGACGGAGAAGCAGUUCUUCCACAAGGUGAGUGAGCGCCUGUCCCGCCCGAACAUCUUCAUCCUGAACAACCGCUGGGACGCGUCCGCCUCGGAGCCUGAGUACAUGGAAGAGGUGCGGCGGCAGCACAUGGAACGUUGUACCAGCUUCCUGGUGGAUGAGCUGGGCGUGGUGGACCGAGGCCAGGCUGGAGACCGCAUCUUCUUUGUGUCUGCCAAGGAGGUGCUCAACGCCAGGAUCCAGAAGGCCCAGGGCAUGCCUGAGGGAGGGGGCGCUCUUGCAGAAGGCUUUCAAGUGAGGAUGUUUGAGUUUCAGAACUUUGAAAGGAGAUUUGAGGAGUGCAUCUCCCAGUCUGCGGUGAAGACCAAGUUCGAGCAGCACACGGUCCGGGCCAAGCAGAUUGCGGAAGCCGUGCGUCUCAUCAUGGACUCCCUGCACGUUGCGGCACAGGAGCAGCGGGUCUACUGCCUGGAGAUGCGGGAAGAACGGCAAGAGCGGCUGAGGUUUAUUGACAAGCAGCUGGAGCUCCUGGCGCAGGACUAUAAGCUGCGGAUUAAACAGAUCACGGAGGAGGUGGAGAGGCAGGUGUCCACUGCGAUGGCGGAGGAGAUCAGGCGCCUCUCCGUGCUGGUGGACGAAUACCAGAUGGAUUUCCACCCUUCCCCGGUGGUCCUCAAGGUCUACAAGAACGAAUUGCACCGCCAUAUAGAGGAAGGACUGGGCCGGAAUAUGUCCGACCGCUGCUCCACAGCCAUCACCAGCUCUCUGCAAACCAUGCAGCAGGACAUGAUAGAUGGUUUGAAACCCCUCCUUCCUGCAUCUGUGCGGAGUCAGAUAGACAUGCUGGUCCCUCGGCAGUGCUUCUCCCUCAGCUACGACCUGAACUGUGACAAGCUGUGUGCUGACUUCCAGGAGGACAUCGAGUUCCAUUUUUCACUCGGGUGGACCAUGCUGGUGAAUAGGUUCCUGGGCCCCAAGAACAGCCGCCGGGCCUUGAUGGGCUACGGUGACCAGGCAAGCAGUGUCCCGCACCCUUGGGUGUCACCAGAGGUGCAGCGCCCCAUCCCCCUGACGCCAGCCAACCCCAGCAUGCCCCCGCUGCCGCAGGGCUCCCUCACCCAAGAAGAGCUCAUGGUUUCCAUGGUCACCGGCCUGGCCUCCCUGACGUCCAGGACCUCCAUGGGCAUUCUCGUUGUUGGAGGCGUGGUGUGGAAGGCGGUGGGCUGGCGGCUUAUUGCCCUGUCCUUUGGGCUCUAUGGCCUCCUGUAUGUCUACGAGCGUCUGACCUGGACCACCAGGGCCAAGGAGAGGGCCUUCAAGCGUCAGUUCGUGGAGUAUGCCAGCGAGAAGUUACAACUCAUCAUCAGCUACACCGGCUCCAACUGCAGCCACCAAGUCCAACAGGAACUGUCUGGGACCUUUGCCCACCUGUGCCAGCAAGUUGACGUCACCCGGGAGAACCUGGAGCAGGACAUUGCCGCCAUGAACAAGAAAAUCGAGGUUCUCGAUUCACUUCAGAGCAAAGCAAAGCUGCUCAGGAACAAAGCCGGCUGGUUGGACAGCGAGCUCAACAUGUUCACGCACCAGUACCUGCAGCCCAGCAGAUAGUGGGCAGCCUGGCGCCGCAGCCCGUGUGGGGAGGGUCCGUGCUGUGUGGCCCCCACCGGGGCCCCGGGCAGCUCCCGUCCGGUGCUGCCACCCUGAGAACGAAAGCACCCCCGUCUCAUACCAUUUUGAGCCCCUGAAACGCUAGUUCCCCCCCCCCCCCUUUGCCUGCCGUUGCAGGAAGAUCUUCAGGCUCGUACCCCUAAAGGAGACUUCUUUUUUUUGAUGAUGACCGUGGACCGCGUGGUACCAGGGAGUCGAGUCUUUGCUUUGUCGGGUGCACUUGACUGAGAUUCUUUUGAGUGCUUUACAAGGUCUCGGGAUCUGCCGGCCCCGCGGGACGCCUGGUCGGCGCCUCAGAGGGCGUCAGGCAGACCCCGUCCUCCAGCGACACUAAUCCCCGACCACACGUCCGCUCCGCUCCGCUC